AUCGGUAUCUUCGGUCGUGUUGUGCUGAAAACAUCGCGUGAUACGUUUUGACGGUGAAGUUUGGCCAACGGAUUAAGUUCAAACUAAGACACUAAGACAAAAAUCAACUGAUAGAGAGGACCUUUGAUCAAGAAAUUGAUUCUUGGAGUUACUAGGUGAAAUAAAGGAGACCUUGCAAGAACAUGAAAGUUCAGCUGGCUCAGCAACUAAGGGUCCGGCACCCAUGACGUCAGCGCCCUAACGCGCGGAUCGCAGAGAUACAGCGCGGCUUACCGGGCGCAUUUUCGCGACCUUCCUUCCCUUGUGACGAAGAGAGCCGUUGAUUUGCGAGUACCGGGUACCAUCUGCUUAACCUGCCAGCCCCGCCCGACGGCCAAUGGGCGCGCGGACCGCCAGAAGAUGGCCUGGGACCCGGCAAGUGGGGUCGUCAGUCUUCAACUCACCUAUGACAAGUGCAAGUACCUGCCCGCAAGUACCAUACGCCGGUACAACUGUACACCCGGUACGACGACGUCAAUGUGCGGGAUGAUGAUGAUGAUGACGAUUGUUGUCGUAGUAUAUAAACAGGCUCACUACGCGGUUGAUACCGGUGCUGAUGGAUAUUGAGUAGUGAGAUGAGGAAAACAGUGAUGAACGGACUGCUAAACAGGUGAAACCGGGAAAUGAAGUGGUGCGUGGUCGUUGCCGCAGCCCUGCUUCUCGCCCUGGCAGCCCCUCGGGCCCUGGCUUGUGGUCCUGGUAGGGGCGCGGGGCGCAGAAGGGGCCCCAGGAAAUUGACGCCGCUCGUGUUCAAGCAGCACGUGCCGAACGUCCCGGAAAAUACGCUCACGGCCAGCGGGCUCACCGAAGGCCGGAUCGACAGAAACGAUUCCAGAUUUAAGGACUUGGUGCCGAAUUACAGUCCAGAUAUCAUGUUUAAGGACGAGGAGGGCACCGGGGCGGAUCGGCUGAUGACUCAGCGUUGUAAAGAAAAAGUAAAUACGUUAGCUAUAUCUGUGAUGAACCAGUGGCCGGGUGUGCAGCUGAUGGUGACGGAGGCCUGGGACGAAGAAGGUCACCAUACGGCAAACUCUUUACAUUACGAGGGUCGGGCAGUGGAUAUCACCACAUCCGACCGUGAUCGCAGCAAAUACGGUAUGCUGGCAAGACUAGCGGUCGAGGCAGGCUUCGAUUGGGUCUACUACGAAAGCAGAGCCCAUAUCCAUUGCUCCGUCAAGUCAGAAUCGUCACAAGCGGCCAAAUACGGAGGCUGUUUCACUGGCGAUACAUCCGUAACGACGCCAUCGGGUGAAAGAAGAUCACUAUCCGAUUUGCACGUCGGCGAGAAGAUCCUGACCCUCGAUGCCGCCACCAAACGUUUAGUUUUUAGUGAAGUGAUCCUGUUUUUAGACUACAACCCGUCCGAUAAGCGGGAGUUCUUUGAAAUAGCACUAGAAACAGGCCGAACACUAACGGUGACGCCGUACCAUUUGGUGACCCUAAAAGAUGAUCGGACGGUAUACGUGGCGGAUUUAAAAACUGGUGAUAAAUUGUUAGUUAGUGACUCCGAUAAUAAAUUAGUGGAAGAUACGAUAGUGCGAAUAGACCUCGUGUUUAGAACUGGCGUUUUUGCGCCCCUUACUAAGACGGGCACCGUAGUUGUUAACGACGUCGUGAUGUCGUGUUACGCCACUGUCGAUAGCCAAUCGUUGGCGCACUGGGCUUUUAUGCCGUUAAGGCUGUUUUGGAACAUAAACGUAGGCGUGCACAGGCUCUGGUCGGUGUUCAGCAAACCUGUACAAAGCUGGCAGUUCAAUGAAAUUGCCACCGCCAAACCAAAAGUUGGUGUUCACUGGUACGCCAGAAUGUUGUACGCUACUGCUGAUUAUAUCAUACCGUCUCAUCUUCACAAGUGAUGUGCUAAAUGUUACACAUUGGCAGGUACCCUAAAGUGCUUCAGAACCAUAUAGGCACAAUAGAUAAAUUAAGUAUAGGGUGGUCACCGAAAACGCAAGCUGUCAAUUCGAUUUUACUUUGGCUGUGGUCUUUUUUCGAAGAAAUUUAUGUGCAUGCCUGGGAGAACAUUCCUGGACAAUCCGUACACAGAAAAGUAAUUUGAAUUUUUGCUGCCGCUCGGAGUGAGUUCGUGUCGUUUACGUACUAAAUCUAUAGCAAACUGCUGUAGGCUUAUUCAGUAUUAGCAAGGUGUUUCGGUACAAAACCGAUAGAUACGUUUUAUAAUAGUUAAAAUUAAAUGCGAGAAAAUCGAGGUUACGAUCCCAAGUAUGUUUGUCAAAUUAAUUUUUAAAUUAUAUAACAUGACAAGUUUUCGAAAUGCGUAUCAAGUUUGCUUAUUCUAAUUUACGUUUCAAUUAUCGGGCCAAGUUCCAAGAAACUUUUCAGUAGGUGGGUAGCCUAAUCGGUUGUGUGUACAGAGUAUAUUUUUCCCGCUGGUUAAAUUAUUUCUCAGAAUCCCGAUGGCGUCGGAUUUGAUAUUACUUACCUACGAAUUACACUUAUCCUAUUUAAGUUUGGCCAGUGACUUAAACGGUACUAGCGAGAUAUUUGACUAACAAGUAUGUUCCUUAAAUGCGUUUAAUUCUAUGUUAAUAGAUGCUUCGAUAAUUUCAUUCAUGUGCCAACGAUUACGCUGUUGUCGUAUUAGCAGUUAUUAACUGUUUUUGUAGUAUUAUGGUUGUUUAAAUAAUGUAUGUAUUGUAUUUUAUGUAAAUAUGUUUUUGUAAAGUCUAUAUUAUU